AUGUCAAUUAUUCCUUUCAGUCCACAUAAAGAUAGUUUUAUUUAUGAUCAUAAUAAAAAAGAUAAAAAAUUAAACUUAACUGAUGAAGAACUCUCUGAAAUAGAUUUAGGAAAAUUGAGUUUAGAAAAUGAACAAUUAAAGCAAUUAGAUAAUUCUAAUGAAGUUUUACGUGCCAUUUUAUGGAAUUCAAAAGGAGAAACAAAAUCAGGAUAUGCUGCCUUUAGAAAGUUAUUAUCUAAAAUAAUUACAAAUGAUGUUAAUUUUGAUCUUUUCAUUACCCAAGAACCAUUAAGUGUAGUUAAUAAGAAUUAUAUUGAUAAUUAUUUUAAUAAUGGCUUUGAUAUAGUUUAUCCAGUUAAAAGAAAAGCAAGAAAGGAAGUUGCAAUAAUAUAUAGAAAGGAAAAAAUUCAAGUAUUGAAAAACGAAAAUCCAUAUUCUCUAAUUGAAGAAAGCUUAAUUAAGGAUAAAAUUGAAUAUUCAAAUUUCUUUGUCAUGAAUGGAAAAGGAAGAAUUCAAAUUACACAGUUUAAAACUCUUACUGAAUCACCAACCAAUAUUUGUGUUUUCAAUAUUCAUUCAGUUUAUAGAUUCAGUGAUAAAGUAAAGGAAGAUUUUAUUUUAAAUUUUUUUAAAUUUGUAAAAUGGUAUAUCAAUAAAAUUUUAAGUCCAAAUGAAGAGGAAUUCAAUUUACUUGUGGCUGGUGAUUUCAAUUAUGAUAUUUAUUUAAAAGAGUUUCCAGAUUUAGUUUUAAACAAACUUGGAUUAAAAAUUGUUAUUCCUUCUCCACCAACUAUUGACUCUUCUUAUGAUGAAAAAGAAAUUGCUCCAACAUAUAUAGAUUAUUUUUUAACAGUCUAUGAUGAUAGAAAUGGUUUAAAAGUUUGUGAUGUCAGUAAAUUACCAAUAAGAUUUGAUAACUAUCAAGAUGAAUUUGAAGGAGCUGCAGAUUUAAGACAAGAUAAAGACCUAUUGUCCUCUAAAGUUUCAACUCAUGAUCCACAAUAUUGUUGUUUAAAAAUUAAAUCUAAAUAG